GCUUCAGCAUAAGACGGCGGUCGAUCGAGACCGUGCAGCCCGAGCCGCCGUUUGCCAUAGGACGUGGCUAGAUGUGUUCUGCGGCGACAUAAACAGCGGGAUGCGGACGGAGAGCCGGGGCGGCUCGGGGGUUCUGGAUGCUGCGGCUCUGAGGCAGCAGAGGAGGCUGAAACAGGCGAUCCAGUUUCUACAUAAAGACUCAGCUGAUCUGCUUCCUUUGGAUGGACUGAAGAAGCUCGGGACGUCUAAACAGGGGCAGCCACAUCAUAUUCUCCAGAAGCGCCUGCUGGAGGCCAAGUUGUCCCAAGGAAGGAUGAACAUGUGUGGAGUGACCCAAAACAGCGGAGGGGUCCUUCUGAGUUGUACUCAGUUCAGUUCACAUGGAGAUGAGGAAGACAAGGAGGAAGAUUUCAUCUAUGUGCCCUGCAAGUGUUUAGGACAGCAGGCGAACGUGCUGAUCGACACCGGCUGCAAACUGAACCUGAUGUCCUCACAGACUGUGGAGAGAUUUGGUUUAAAAGAACUGGUCGAGGAGAACAAAAUGGAGACGGAUGGCUUUCCAUUUCAGAGGAAGCUUUGUAUUGACGGACAUAUUAAAGAACUCAGCCUGACCAUUGGGGAACGCAGAAUAAUGUGCUCCUUUGCCAUAGUAGAAAGUAACAGACCUCUGAUGUCCCUGGGCAACAAGACAUUAAAGUCACUCAAGUGUGUAAUUGACACUGAAAAGCAGAUGUUGGUGUUUGGGACAAAUGUGAGGGAGCAAGUGCUGUUUUUAAAAAAGCCAACAAAUGAAAGCAGUUCUUAUGACUUCAGUGACCUGUGAUACUACCUGCUGUUCCCCCCCAACACUCUCUCAUACACACACACUGAACAAAAGCAAUAUAAUCAUUUAAUCUGUACAACUAGAUGCCUCAUUGGCGAACUUCAGAUUUCUCAUACGUCUGUUUGUUUGCUGCAUUCAUGAGUCAGAUAAUCUGCUCUGGCUUCACUUAUUUUGACAGCGUCAUGUAGCAAUAGAUACGUUGCAUUCUCGUAGCCUAGAGUAUGAUCACGUUUUAGCUGUUACGGCAGCAUUGUGCAGCAGCAGCGAGCAAAUUAUUAACAGAACUUGUAGUGCUGUAGACUUUCUGAUUCUGAUAGAAUUGUGAUUUAUAGAAAAUAAGUAUUGUUCUGCCAGAUAUUAUUGUAUUAUUGUUCUACAUUUGUAGCUGGAAAUCAACAAUGGGACAACGUUUGGAGGGUUUGUAUCACAUGUUGAGUGUAGCUGACAAGCUUAGCACAAAACAACUAUUUAUCUACUGUAUUUUAUAAUGUUGUAAAUGUAUUUUCUAGUCCGAGACAUGUAUUUGCAUUGAGGCCACUGCCUUUUAAUGUUUACAGAAAUGAUAGUGACUCUUGUGAUGUGUUU